AUGGAAGCGUCAGCUUCCGUCGGGGAAGGCGACGACAAGACGAAGCGCAAUGUGUAUCAGAUCGGCGGGAUUCCUGUGGAUUUCCCUCACAAGGCCUACGGUUCCCAGCUCGCCUUCAUGGGGAGAGUGAUAUCCACGCUCGAUCGGGCGCAGAAACAGGGUCACUGUCACGCCCUCCUGGAGUCACCCACCGGUACCGGAAAAACCCUCUCUCUCCUCUGCUCCACCCUCGCAUGGCAGAAGAGUUACUUGUCUAGGUAUUCUGCACCGCCACCAUCACCGCCUAAGCGGUCCGUAGGGAAGGAUGCCCAGGCACAUCCUGCCCCUGAAGGGCCUGAUCCAUUUGUCGAUGGAGGCGGGUUCAUUCCAGACACAGAAUCAUCGCGUGAGAAUCUCUCUCCACUGAUCUUCGCGUCCCUUAAUUGUUCCCUCCACUCGUCUUACGAUUGUGCUCCUCGCCCUUUAUUUUAUUCAGAAAAUCCAUCCCCCAUACUCGGAAAUAAUGGGGAAAACCAGGAACACGCGCCUCCUAGGAUAUACUAUGCUUCGUGAGUAUAACGAUCUUAAACAAAAUAACGUGCAUCCUGUCGAUGCUUGAAUGAAACUUACUCAAUUUCUGUUGGGCGCGUUGCCGCAGGAGGACUCAUACUCAAAUAAGUCAGGUCAUCAGUGAAUACCGCAGAACAUCAUACCGCGUGCCCAUGGCAAUCCUGGUAUGUACUUGUCGAUUGCUGGACAUAAUGGACCAUAGAGAUUCCAUUCCUUGUCUAUAUUGAUGCUUUCUGGCUAUGUAUCAGUAUAUACAUAUAGAGAUGUAAUCUCAGUGACAUGCCUGCUGUCAAAAAUUACUUGAGUUGGUUUCCUCCACGCAUCGGUUUUACAGUACGCUUCUGGCAUUCUGUCUGGAGUUAAAACUGGUAUCGAUUAUGGACGUCAAUAGGGUGCAAGUGUGGCAAUCGAUUGAUAGAAAAAAUAGUAGUGAGUCAUCUGGCUGUACUACUCCUAUUAUUUGUCACGUCAUCUGCAGGAAUCUAUACCAUCGUUUUCAUGUGUCAGUGGGCUGCUAAUGGUUCCUAGAAAAAUUCUGUUGGUUCCUGUUUGGCUGGCAUUGCUUGGAAGAAUUGUGAAGUUUGGGGAUGUGCUGAGAUUCUCUGGAGGAUACAUGGUUCAGUGGAAAGGGUGAAGGUGGACCGAGGAGAGGGUCGAUUGGUUUGUUGGGGGGGGCGGGAGAGGGUUGUGGGCGCCAGAGGAGGAAAGUGGAGAAGGGCGGGAUUGUGGAGGAGGGGGAUGAAGCGAAUGGAUGAUGCGUUGUCUGCUGUAGGAGAGGAGUGGAGGACGGAGAAGGUUGGGGAGCGGGGGAGGAGGGGGUUGGGCGUCUCAUUGUGGGGGGGGGGGGGGGGGGUGUGUUGGGGUUGGGUUCGAAUUGGUCUGGAUUCGUGGGUUGGUCACGGUUAAGUCUCAGUCUAUCUUGUAUUAUUGCCUGGUCGCGCCGGUCAACUUUAUUUCCGGGGCAUUAUUUGAUGUAUCCAAUCCUAUUAUUGGCUGCUCCCAGUAACUGCUUUAUAAAUUAGAAGUAAAUCCCAAAGUGAUGUUUUUCCAAAAGUACUGCGUUAUAUUAAGAAUGAAUGGAGUCAUCACAGACUUCAUGUAUUGUUUAUUUAAUGAUGACGAGAGAAGAGGAAAUUCGAUUUUAUUUAAGAAUCUGGGUGGGACGGGGUACUUGAUGAAAACUGCAAUUACUCACCUCAUGACAACUAAAAAAUGAGGCAAGUGCAAUUACAUGGGUUACAUUUUAGUGGUACGACUCAACGGGCAAUAUUUUACCAAAAUGCACAUUCAACUUCAUCCAAAAGAUUAAUCCUGUUUUCUCUUCACUUUUUUUCAAAAAGAUGCCCAGAAAUGUAAGGUGGUGUUAUGAUUGUUUUCUAUUUUUUAACAACUGCCAUUUGCACGUGUUUUGAUUUCAUCGCUUGAUUCUAUAUAUUUUUUUGUCUCUGUGCAUUGAAUUUUUUUCAAAGAAAUAUUCUUUUACCACAGGGGAUUGAUUUUUGUACUGUCCCUUUUCAUGGAGUUUUCUUGGAACCACUGUUUUUCAGGCAUCUCGAAGGCACUAUUGCACAAACCAAGUCAUAUCCAUAAGUGACAAUGUGGAUGAAAACUGGUACAGCUAUAAGAUCAAAUGAAAGUUACUUAUUUCCUCGCUUUCUCCUUUUUAAGGCAUAACGUUUCAUUUCUUUUCGUUCUGUAAUUUAGUAAAAAGCUUUUGAAAGAUGAAGAAAUGGGGUGCAUGGAAUUUAAGUAAGUUGCAUCCCCUUUCAUUUGAGAAAUUUAUUCCAUAUGGUAUUUUGUAAAACUUAGUCCUAAAAGAGUGCCCGUCCACCAGACAUGCAAACAGAGUCAAAGAACAUUCUUCCCUUAAGAGAGGUGGCUGCCACGAAGUUCACGAUAUUGAAGAUCUGGUGAAAAUUGGUCGAAGUGUAAAAGGUUAAUCUUCAAACUACUAUAUAUCUAUAGAUAUAAAUAUAGAUAUAGAUAUAGAUAGAUAGAUAGAUAGAUAGAUAUACAGCCCCCCAACUGUCUUCCAAGGCCUUUCUGACAAUAUUGUUUCUUUUGUAGGCUGUUCAUAUUUUGGAGCCCGUUCUCUUGCCACUGAAGCUCAAUUGGUUUUCUGCCCUUAUAACUACGUCAUAAAUCCAAUCAUUCGGAAAGCAAUGGAGAUAGACCUUAAAGGAGACAUCUUAAUUCUUGAUGAAGCCCAGUAAGUCCGAUUUCCCUGGUUUUGUAAUGGUUAUAUAAACCACUUUCAACUUGCUUGUUUGCUAUUCUUAAACAGGUAUUGAAUUAGUUGUUCCAUCUUCCACAAUUGAACCUUCACAAAUUUUACUUCUUAUUUUUUCUUACCUUCUCAUUAGUUCAAGUGUUUAGCUCAGAUUAUUUUUGCGUUACGAUUAUUUUUGUUGUAGGUAUAAUAUUGGUAUAUUAUGCUUUCUUAUGCCAUUUAAAGCGACAUACGUUUUUAUUUAUGUAACAACUGGUGUUUCGUUGUAGCAAUAUUGAGGACAUGGCAAGGGAUGCUGCAAGCGUGGAUAUAGAUGAGGAUAUUCUACACAGUAUGGCCUUUUCACUUCCUGCUUAUCACCCAUCAGUAUUCAAUCUCCAUUGUAUUGGUGAAAAAGUACAUGACUGAUGCAUUUGAUUGGUUAAAUUUUCGUUUACUUGAAGGACUGCACCAUGAACUAGGGGAACUAUGUCAUGGUCCCACGGGUGAUUCUGCAACAUAUCAGCCUCUGCAUGACAUGGUUCAGGUAUCACUGAAAUAAUGGCGUAUGUUUUCAGGUAUCACUGAAACAGGUAUCAUAUAAAGAUAGUUUCUGAUUGCUCCACAAUGUGCAGGGGAUAAUAAGUUGGAUAGGUCGGAGGACAGAUGACCUAGGGUAUCAUGUUUUUGAGCAUUAUUCUUCAUGGUCAGUGACUUCUUUCAGUCAUUUACUUAAAGGACUUUGUUCAUUACUUGCAAAACUGGCAAGACAAACAUGGAAAUUCAGUGAAAGAAAUGCUUGCUUUCUAAUGCACUUUUAAUCAAUUGCAGCAAUUUCCUGAUAAAAUAUAAAAUGUUAAAAAAAUCCUUUAGACUGAUUAACCUAUUGAAUCAAUUAGGAAUCCAUUCGAUGAAAAGUUGUUUAGCGAGCCUGGCAUGCUGAUAAUGAAUUAUUAGCGUUUCAGGGCUUUACUCUAAACACAAAAAAAUUAUGUUGUGAAAAAAGAUCUUUAAAUGAAACUGGGGCACGUCUAAAGAGUUUAAAUUACCAAACCAGGCGACAGAUAAAAUAAAAUAAAUAUCAAUCCUUCUGUAAUGGGAAUUCUGUGAGCUGGAUUUUUAGCAGUUCAGUAUCUUUUAUUCUUGUGGCAUGCUUGUGUACUUCCAUAAUUAGAAGGAUAGCGCCAAUUUGACUGGUUGACAAUCAAGUGCCGACAUUGACAUAGAAUUUUUUUACUAAAACCAUCAAUAGAAAUCGUUAAUCAAGGGUCACCGUAUCCAACUUUCCUCCUGAAGUAAAUUAUCUUUGGUAUUGCGACUUUUAAACAAAGUCAUACUCUUUUCAUAGCUUUUGUUUGAGAGUACUAGCGUUCUAAGGUGUAGGUCUAGAAUCUAAAUCAUUUAAGCUGCGGAAUUAUUACGAUUUUGGGAAUAACUUUUUUGCAUUUCAUUCUAGAUUUUUUUCUUACGCAAAAUACCUGUUUUCGCCCAAAAUUUAAUAAUUUAAACAUUACGUCACCUGCUCAUCUGAUUUAAACUCUACCAUAUUUAAUAAAAUCGUUAACAAAUUUGCUUUAACUUAUAGGGAACCUAAGAUUUUAAUCGUAUUAUAAUAGAAUAAAACUUUUAGAUAUGGAUGAAUGUUGAUUUGUUAUUUUUUUUUAAAAAGGCGCAACUUGUGUUUGGUGUCCCAGUGAUUUUUCAUUUCAAUUAUUUUUUGGUAUCUAGAAAAGUACUUUUUUAAAAAAAAGCUCUUGUUUGUGGAAAUAAGUUUAAAGAUAUCUUGCUGGAGACAAAAAUGGUUUCUUUUAGGAAAAAUAUCCUUUUAAGUACAAGAAUUUUGAGCUCUAAACUUAUACUUUAUAAGUGAAAUAACACUGGGCCAUAAGAGAAGUCAUUGAAAGAAUGAUUUUAUAAAAAGAAGUUGCGAUCGACAAUAGUGAUAACUAUUAUAAGUUGAAUGGUGUGACUGGGGCUUGCCAAAUCACCCCAUCCUUGUAGCCAUGUGAGCACUAUGCAUGCAUUCAGCUUCUGACCAGUCAGAUCUGUCAUCCUUGUGUAUACUUGUGUAAGCAUUUUGUUCUAACAAUUUGAAAUCCUAAACUACUAAGAUUCCCGUUUUUUAAGCUAGGGAGUGUCCUUGAGUGUGACUUCAUCAUCUGUAAGCUCCUUCAGUGUUCUCUUUGGUCUUUCUCGUCACUGCUGCUGGCAAUGUUGAUUACGUCCACUAAUUCAACUGCUGCACUGGACGUGCAUUUUCCGGCCUUACAGUUUUAAUCAUUUGGAUGUUCAUGCUAGUUGGACUGGUGGUAGUGCCAUCAAGGAACUUGCUGAUUCUGGAAUAUGUCUGCAGAGCUUCCCAAUCUUGGAGGGAUGUGCGAAAAAGGUAUAUCUAAGAUUGAUGUCAGUCAUUGCCCGUUCAUAUGGUUCUAUUAUAGUUUCUGUCGGUUUCUAUCAAUUUCUAUGGUUCUCUCUGAUGACCAAACAACUAACCACAUGCAGGCUAUCAAAGAUUAUUCAGAGGGAGGCACAAGACAAGUGUGCCUAAGUGGGAUAUCAGCAACAACGCUUGAGGGUAUAGUAUUUGGAAUUGAUUGAAUGAGAAGCAAGUUUUGAUAAUAAACAGGUGAUUUCAUCGUGUAGGUUUGUUCUGUUCAUUAUCCUAUCUCUUCUCUGGAAAUGCUCUUCAUGCAACUGAUUAUCAACUAGUAUUGCAACGAUACGGUAAAAGAGAUGGUAAGGAGCUUAGCUUUCUCUUUUAUGUCUGACUAUGGUUUCAGUUCUAACUUUCGUUUUGUAUAAACAAAAAAAUUUCAUAAACUUUGAGGUGCAGCUUAGUCAGAAUUUAAACCAAAUACGUAUUCAGUUUAUGAUUAGAUUUCGAAAAUUUCUCAAGGAUCUUCUUUAACGAACUAAUCGGGCAAUCAAAGUGUUUCAUUAAACACAGUCGGGUAAUCAUCUCCGAAAACUUCAAAUAACUAGUUGACCUCAAAGCGUGUAUUCAUCAUGUUUGGAAUUUCUCAUCACCUUAGAAAGUGUAUUGUUAUCCAUUAUUGCUGUUUAGGUAAUUAAUAGCUCCCCUUGUUCCUCUCUUUAUUGGCUGUUUUAACCCAUAUGUUUGUUUGGUGAUACACAGGUAAUAAUGUUAAAAGCUGGGCACAUACAUUGAAUCUGUGGUGCUUAAAUCCUGGCAUUGUUUUUAAAGAAAUGGCUGAUCUGUCUUUGUCAGUAAUCCUGACUUCUGGGUAAGUCCGUAUACAUUUGAGUUUCUUGUUGUUCUUUAAGCACGAAAGCUGAUGACGAUGUAAUUAUGGUCAAAAGGAAUCUAUACAGUUUGACUAGAAGAAAUUUACUGUUGUUGCUUUUUUAAUACACAGGUUUAUGCCCUGUCUAUUUUUAUUAUAGAUAUGAAACAUUUGACUGAAAUUUACUUGCUUCCGCUCAAGGAAAAAUGUAGAGAAAACAUCAUGGUACAUAGAAUCAUAUCAUCUCAUCUACAUUGCUUUGUUUCUUUGAUCCCGUGUUCUGCUACUUUAUGUUAAAAAUGUCGUAGUCUGUGCACACCAUUAUCCCAACUUUUUCUACUCCGAUUGUUAAUGGAUUAUAAGCACCUGGGCUUCUGAAGAUGGACUGGUGUAGAGUAAGACUGACCAUGAGAUCGGUUUGACCCAGUAUGAGUGAUUUUUACUUUGAAAAUUAGCUGGUUUUGGGCAUUGAGCCAACCAAGAAUAGAGAGGCAACAUAAAGGAGAGACCCAUAGAACUCAAAAUAAUGAAAAAUCAUCAGAUUGUAUAUUUCGGUGGUAAUGAGUUGUGCCUAUGGUAGCUGGGGGUUUCUGCUGCCCUCGAAUAUGCUGCCUCCCUUAUCCUUCCCUAUCUAUGUUGCUUUCUUUUUCUCGUUGAUCUGCUUCCGCUUGGUGAUGUCAUGGCAUUAUGUCACAGGCGUUCCUUUUCACCGUCCUUCAUCUCCUUUCUUUCUCUAGUAGCUCUCUGCGGUGAUGUGGCGGUCGUGUCAUGGAAGGAUAGUCCAUCAUGUGCAAGAGAAGAGCCGUUCAAUAGGGGGCCAAAAUUCCCCUGGAUAUCUUGUCAAACUUUCCCAUGGCCGGAAUAUUUGAAACUCAACAAAACUGUGUUAUUGAGUUGAAUCAACCCAUAAUCGAAGUAGAUAUAUUUGGCCUUUUCCGUCCAGUUUUAAAUGUUGUAUCAGAGAAAUGGCUGGAAAAGUUUCAUGACCUGAUGACUAUGAGUCAAAUUAUUUCAUUGAUUUGCCUUAUAUUGAAGUCAAGCAAAUAUUUUCAAGAAAAAGAUAUGCGAAGCUCCUAUUUCUGAACAAUUCCGGAUUUUUUCAUCCCUUUAUUUUGAUUGUCUUGGAAUACACAUAAUACACAUGUAUGUCCAGACAUGCAUACAUGUAACCUCAGAUGAGUGAAGAAAUCAAAGUGGCGAGUCCAACUUUUAAAUAGCCAAAUUAAUUUCAAGAUCGAUUGACCAACAGGGCUUUGAACAGAGAAAGACAAAUCCUUACUAUGAGCUCACUGAAGAGUAUCAAAUCCUGCCAAAAUAAAUCUUGAAGACUUUUAUCACCCAAGAUCUAACAUUACGAGUUUAAAAUUGUUUAACCUGACUGAAACUUUCUUCAAGUAUUUGGUAAAUGGACUGUAUUUCAAUUGCUGUAAUAAAACGACUUCAUCUAUUGGUACGGAACUUACCAAAAUAGUUUUGACGUUACUCCCCUUUCCCCUCACUUCCUUUCCUCCUCUCUUAGUUCUUUUUGUUUCUUGCCCUUACCUUUUAUUGGAUUUCGUUCAAUUUUCUUUUUCCGUUUCUUUUCUCUUUUUAUCCUUUCCUCUUCGAAGAGGAUAAGCUGGAACUGGUUACGUGACAAGGUUGGCAAGAUUUUAUAUGAAAUAGAUUUUCAAUAUUAUUCCGUUAAUUUUCUUUUAAGUGAUACUGUUUAGUUCUCUUAAUAUAAUUUACACGAAAACCAUUCUUGCAUGCGACUGAGGAAUACCCUCUGUUUAUAAGACCAAUUUCACUUAGAUUAAAAAUCAGCAACUAGUUCCAAUAAAAAUACUGCUACACAUUAGUUAGGCCUCUAGAACCUGAGGAUAUAACCUUUUAUGUUCUAAGGAUGCCAAACUCGUGAAAUUCAGCAAAUGAAUCAGUUUUCUCAAGGUUUUCCUAGAGUAAGAACUUUGCAUAACAGGUGUACAAACAUCCACAAAGCAACCUAAUUUGGAUUGGUUUCAUUUCCAAGUGCUACAAUUUACCGCAUAGUAUUUGGUGAUCAGAACAUUAUCUCCGAUGGGUUCGUUUUCAUCCGAACUGGGGACUCGGUUUGAAGUAUGCUUGGAAGCUCCACAUGUCAUAAAUGUGGAAUCACAGGUGUGUUACUUUAUCUGAGAGGUAAUUUAUAUUCAUUCAUCUAUUUAUUAGAAAUUUAUUUGUUGGUGUUCUUAUUACCAGUUUCAUGCAGCUCUUUGCCGCUGGACUAUCCAGAGGCCCUGGGAGUCAUCGUCUGAAUGCCAGCUACAAAACAUCUGAUGGUUAUGCUUUCCAGGUACUUUCGUUGGAUAUACACAUUGGGAUUGUUUUGUGCUGUUCUAACAGCUAACACUAAUUGCAAAUGGCAAUUGUUAUAAAAGGAUGAACUUGGGUCUUCCCUGGAAGAAAUUUUUAAGGCUGUUCCAGGUGGGGUUUUAGUAUUUUUUCCGAGCUAUAAAUUUCUGGAAAAGCUGCAUUCACGUUGGCGUCAGACUGGACAAUGGUCUCAAUUAAAUGCGCAGAAGCCCAUUUUCAUUGGUAAGAGAUACCGACAUGUUUCCAUAUGUUCUACGAGAUCAAUAUUUUCUUCUUUUGAUUUCGAUGGGUAAUUUUUAAAAUACUUGGACGUUUAGAGAUUUUUUUUAUUGAUAUGUUUUGAGAAUGUAUGGAAGCCUAUGGUUGGGGGAAUUUGCUAUGCACCUAUUUCUCGCGUUAGAUGCACAAAAGUUUAUUUACGGUUGCCUUUUGGAAAUCUGAAGCGCCUGCUACCGCUCAUUUGAGACCUUCCUCAUUGAAUAUGAAAUAGAAUGGGCUUCAUCAACGUCUGUUUUGUAAAACAUUGUGCUUCUGACCACUUGACGGUUUUACCUCGUGGAACUUUUUGUCUAAAAACGUUUUAAAGUAACUAUGAAAUAUUGUGGUGAAUGUCUAUUUAUUGUGGUCCUUUGCAGAGCCAAGAGGCAAUGUGGAUGACUUUGAGGUUACCUUGAAGGCUUAUUUUAAUUCAAUCAGUGGGACUGAUAUUAUUGCUCAUGGAAAGAUCAAGGAGAGACAAAAGCGUACCUUGAAAAGGCUUUAUGGAAUGCAUCGUAAAGAUUCCGCAAAGAGACGGGGAGCUGCUCUCCUUGCUGUUUGCCGUGGAAAGGUUUUAUUCCUUUCCUUUAGUAACAUUCUAGGGCACUAUUCUUUGAUGAGCCUGCCAUUUUUCCAAGUGAAGCAUCAUACAUAAUAUCUAUCAUCGCGGAACAUGCUUGUCAUAGCAAUCCCUUUCAGGUCACUCUCAUUUGUCAUCCAUGAUAGGGUUGAUAAAGCCUCUGGAACAUAACCAGUGUCAGCGUAGGUGCAGGAAUUCAAACUCCAUUUUUUCAGUAAGGCAGGAUUCAAAUGUGAAUUCUCUCUUUCCAUCCAUGGUGGGGAGACUAAUACCACCAAUAGUCAAAAACUUUCAUUAUUGUUGAUAUCUUGUUUUAUUUGUAUUCCUCUUAGACCCCUGCCCACAUCACCAUUUAAUAUUUCUUGAUACACUGUUGGCCAAAUAACCAGGGCACGGGGUGCAAUGUGAGUAUGAUCACUUAUACAUGCUUAAAAAUUUGUUGAGCGCUCUACCCACUACUGGGAUGAUCCUUCCCUGGCUGUCGGCCUACUGGAGAACAAACCUCUGAAUGAUCCUUUCCAGCUCCCUUUGGCCUACCAAGGACUCUGUCCUUGAUCAUGAGGUGUGGGUGGAUGAACCAGAUGUAGAUGGGGUUUUCCAGAGGCAUUCUUUAAAAGAGAAAAGUGACCCAAACAGACUGAAGAAAGGACAGAUGGGUACUUCUUCCGCGAAAUCAUCCUUGAUGAGCUGGCGAACUUCAUUUCAUUUUUCCACUCCAAGGAGCCAUGGUUUCAUUUCAUUUGAUGAGCUGUCCUUGAUGAUAGACAUGAACAAUUUCGAUGAUUUCAUGCUUGGACCGCUGAUGGAAGCUAAUUCAGUCUAAGAGAAGACUCUAAAUCCUGGAACAUAUAGAACAUGACCGUAUGAGUUUAUACACUGCCCAUUUAUUGUUGCAUCGUAGAUGUGGACUAUAUAUGUAUCCAUUUGUGUGUAGCUAUCUGCACACUGUAUAUAAAUUAAUGUAUUGAAUCAAUCGAAUGAAGACAAGAUGAAGAAGACAAUGGAAAGUAUCUGCUUUUAUUUAUGAGAAAAUAAAUCUCCGAUUUUCUCCCAAGUCAGAUAUUUUCUGCUUUUACUUGAAAUCGUUAAGAAUUUUUUGAAGAGCACUUGCAUCGUUUUUGGGUCGAGCUGGGUUUGACCCAGCAUAGACGUAUUGCCAACAAAUUUACAGUGUCUCCAUUAAGGGCUUAGGCAUUGAUUCAGGAAGAAUUCCAGAUCACAUGUAAAGGGGGAAAUUAUCUAGAUUCGCACUUUUAUGUGAGGCAUAUUAUCUUGCUAGAAAAUUUCUGAUUCAGAAAUCUUCUGAAUGCAACGUUUCACAUUACAUCAAACAUGUGAUUUGUUUUGCCAGGCGUCAGAGGGAGUUAACUUUUCCGAUGAUAAUGCUCGAGCUGUUGUAUCCUUUAUGUAUUUAGAUGCUUCCAUUUCAACGAAAAUAUCAGUUUAUGAUACCUAGUAAAUUCUGGGAACAUUACUUUCCUAUCAUCAUUGGACUCAACGAAAAUAGCAGAGCUGUUUUUAAUGUCUCUUCGCAAUAAUUUAAAAUAUUGUUUCGUAGAACCCUUUGACUAUAUUUUCCUGUUUGAAUUUGCUGCCUUGACAAAGUCAGGUAAUUGUUGGCAUUCCAUUCCCCAGCAUGUAAGCUCUUAGACAUCAUUUUUCAUUUGGUUGUUCUCUGGAUAUUUCUGUUUCUGAUCAUUUGGUCUUACAGAAAUGAUCUUCAAGUGGCUUUGAAGAAGAAAUAUAAUGAUACCUACAGGUCAUCCAAAAGUCUCCUCGGUGGAAGUGAAUGGUACUGUCAUCAGGCAUUCCGUGCCCUCAAUCAGGCUGCAGGUAUAUCUCCCUGUAAAGUCCUCUUUUUUGUCUGGUAAUCCUUGUUAUUUACUCUCUUUCCCAUUUGCCUCUUCCUUAACUUUCUCUCUUUUCUUUUCUUCUUUAAUUUUUUUCGUAUCUUCUGUUUUUUAUAGACUUUUUGAGAGAUUUCCUUGGGUGUGCCGUUGAAAAAAUAUUGAUACAAAAUAUUGUUGAAAAUAGAUAACGACUUUAUGAGGAAAGACAAAAAAAAUCCUCUUAUUACUUGAUUAAAGUCAAUAUAGGAGCACUGGUUUUGCCUCUAAUUGGAAGACUUUGUUGUCUUAUGUCUCUCAGUAAGUAAGAGGCUGACAUUUAACUUCGAUAACACAAAAGGUUCGAAGAUUUAAAAUCAAAGGAAGGUUGACAACUUGUAAAUCCUUAUGCGGUAUGGUACUCUAUGGAUUGGAUGACCUCCCCCUUAGCAGUGUUAGAUUCACAUUUCAGGACUACAAAGAAAAAAAAAAAUUGCAGUGUGGCCAUCUUUUCCGCCAUAAGAGUCGCCCAUGCUUGCCUCUCGUUACGUGGAAGAGUUCAGCGUGAUUUUGUGUGACUGGUCAUGCUCAUUCGACUUUAGAUGUACUUGAUCAGUUUCACAGUUGAGGUCAUGCUCUUGAAGUGUAAAAAAUUUGGAAUUCCAUGAUAUCAUCCACUCAUGUUUGCCUACUUUGUCAGAAUUUAUUGUCAGUGAACAUGACUCAUCUACUCCACUAGGCCUUCGUAGAUCCAAAAGCGUAUUGAGCACCUCUGGUGCCGCAUAAUUGGUGUCUUAACCAACCAUAACCCCUGAACUAUCCCCCUGUUUGUGCACAUAUUUUUAGGUACUAUAUUUACGAAUUCACGGGUGUUGAUCAGGCACGUUCAAGAGCCCGGUAAAGAAUGGCCAUGGAAACCUAUCAAUAACGUGAAUAUAUCUAACGAAACCGACUUAUUUGUCAUAAAUGUGCACGCUCAAGGUUGAAUGGCUAAGCCAGAUCUUAAACCGGGAUAUGUAUCUUUCCGACUCUGCCCUCAGUUUUGGAAUCCACGAGAGCACAGCUGUCUUCUAACAUUGCUGAAAUAUCGUUUUUUCAGAGUAGUGAACGCCACCUUCAUUCUGGCUGUCUUUAUCGUUUCAGAUGGUCCCAUGUUGCUUACAUGAUAAUUUUGUUUGUAUCUAAUUAUUUCUUCCCACCUAAUCAAUCCUGUUUCUCAAUUUUUCAGGUCGCUGCAUACGACACAGAUUUGACUACGGUGCUGUCAUAUUUUUAGGUACUUUUAGGCAUGCAAUGCUAACUCAUUCUUUCUACUGGGAUAGUAGUCCAUAUCAUGUAUACUAGAUCGUUAAUCUCCCACUGACCGUAACAAAGUUGUACCAUAUAUCAGUAUCCCAAUGUGGAAUCGUUCAAGAGCACUGCCUAGAAUUGAUGAGACAAACUCCAUGAAUGGUUCCUUGGGCAUUUUAGCUAAUGUUGGUUUUGCCCGUUUAUUUUGUGCGCAGAUGAACGCUUAGAGGAGGAGAGGAACUUGGCAUAUAUUUCGAAGUGGAUAGGGCAUUCCAUCAAACAUUUUGGCUCAUUUCAUACAGUGCUUGAUGAACUGAGAUCAUUCUUCCUUAAUGCCAAGGUCCGAGCCUCAUCACGUUUGCGCUAGUCUAGAGUUCCAAUUUUCUUGGUACGAUGAUGCAUCUCUCCGACUAAUUAGCAGGAACUGAAAGGCAUGGAGACCACAAGAACGAGUUCACAUUUUUUUCUUAAAGAUGAAGAUAAUAUGCCCAAUGCAAGCCAGAAAGGAGUGAACAAGGAUGAAAAAUGGGAAGAAAUCCCGAAACCAAAACAGCUAUGCGCCCAGAAUGAAAGAGAAAGGGAUAGUGAAGAUUUAGCUGUGCUUAAUGACAGCGGUGAGACUGUGAGACUUACAACUGCCAGAACUGGGCAUGGCGACAUUCCUCUCCUAGAAGGAAUUCAGGACGCUCCUGAGAACGAGACACCAUUGAGGUGAUCAUAACUACUUGCUAAAUUCAACUAUUAGAUUAUCACGUCAAAAUUGAAGAUAUCAUACUCUCUUGUAGGUUGCCGGCAACUUCUUUGGCAUUGUCUGAAGACUGUCUGGACCUCGGUGUAGUUGUGGAGGAUUCUGCUCAUUAUUUUGGGGCUACAAUGGGACUGGUUUCUCAGGACAACAAGCCGCAUGCAGAUGUUGUUCAAGACCACAGCAAAGUAAUAGAUCAAGUGUCCUUCGCUUCAGAUUCAAGCUCGAAUGAAAUCCUGCUUGAGAGUUCCUGUUCCGUAACAUAUUUGGAAGAAAGAUUACAUGAUGGCGUUCGCAAUUCAGAAGUGGAAGCAUCUCUCAGUGUUAACACUCGAUGUCAUAAAAGGAGAAUGAUGACAGAAUUUCAGCUCGGUAAUUGCACCCGGUCAUGCUCAUUUGAUUGCGCUGGUGAAGAGUCUCGCUACAUUUUGGAUGAUGAGAACACGACAACCAAACCAAGGGACUCUAAAGAUAGAUCCCUCAAGCUUGAGCAUCAGGAACCAUUGCCCCUGUCAUCUGAUCCCAUAACCGAGAAGAAGCUGCAUCUCUGCUGCUCAGCAUGCAGAAGCUCACUGGGGCUCAGUGAGAACUCCUUCCUCGUGCCCUGUUUUUCGGUCCCCUCCUCAAAGCUUUGCCUGUCAUUCGUCCUGAAAAAUGGACUCACGAGUACACUUUCGCCAGAAUCUCUGUUGAGGACUGAACUGACCAAAGUGCCUGUUGUGAUCAUUGACAUAUCGAGUGUUGAUCGGCGCGUUCUUAGUAGACGCAUUUUUGGAGAAUCUCUACAGCCAGAUAUUUGGAGCGAAGAAGAUGGGUGUGUUUUCAGGGUCAUCUAUUGUCCUUUCUGCAUUACAUCAGCCACUUGCCUUGGGCUUCAAAUCAUGGCAGCCGAUGCAUCAAAUGCCCAUUUGCUAAACAAGGUAACGAUAAACUUGCCGAUUGUCCUACUCAAAAUCAAUGUAGAAGACAACCCCUUUUUUUUUUAUACUUAUGAUGCAGGUCCUCCUUUUUGAUGAACGUCUGCACAUUGAGCCUGAUCUUGCCUCAAAGAACGAGGUAUGGCUGAGGGCUUUCUUGUCUGCUUAAAUUUCCGUCACAAGCUUAUCUCAAACGUUCAUGGACCAUGAAUCGAACAAGAUUUGAAUGAAAUUACCGUAACUAGAAUUAUGCGUUCAAUUUAUUUUCUUAAUGGGUUGGGAGCAGCAUCAUUGUGAGAUGGAAAUCUCCCUGACUAUAAUCGCUUUCCUUUGGCAGGAUUCUUUGCCCAUUUGCCAUGGUAAAGACCCAGAUUUCAUGGAGAUCGAAAGAUUUGCAUUCGCGGGACCAUCGAAGAGAGGCCCAGCUAUCCGAGACACAAAUAAAUCGAAGGUUGGUGAUCGGAAGAUUUGAUUUUUUUUUUUUUUUCUUUAGAUUUCGCUCUGCUUCGGUAUGUUUAUCGACGCUGCCGAUUGUUCUUUGCUCACUGCAGUUGAGAUUACCCAAGAGAGGCCCAGUUCCUUGAUGAGAACACGAUUGAUUACACAACCAGGGGGGAUGGCAUCCGACUUACAUUCCUUGAUCCAAUGA